UACCUGGGAGCCUCAACCUCUCCUGGCUAUUUAUGCCUUCCCUAUCCAUCAUCCUGGGGUUUUUUAUUUAAUUAUUUAAUUUUUUAUUUCAUUAAAAUGUAACACUUUAUUUACUUUAUGAAAUUCAUCUCUAUAUUCUAAUCUAUUGAACUCUUUUGGGAGACUGACUCUAUUAUCCCCUGUGUUACCUAUCAAAUACAAGCUUUCUCAUAUCCUCAUCAGACUUCAUUCCCACUUCCUUCACCAAUAAUUUUGUUGUUGCAAUCUCCAUUCAUCUUGCUCACCUCAUUACCCAGAAGUACUUUCUUCUACUACUACUAAUAGAAGAAAAGGAAUUGAAAAUCAAAGCACAUUACUGCUUUUUUUUAAAUUACCAAAUGUAGUAUAUGAAUAGCCUUUGAUCUCCAUGGGUCACAUUAUUCCAUCAGGCAAUGGAGAAGGUGCUGAGAUCUAGGAUUUCUGGGCCCAGAGACAGAAGAUCUUGGUUUGAUUCCUGAUUCUACAGGAGAUAAUUAACCUAAAGAAGACUUAAGGAAUACAUGAUCCUGAAGGACUGUCCUUUGGGAGAUAAAGUAGAUUUGUUCUGCUUGGCUCUAGAGGACAGAAGUAGGAAUAGUACAUAAAUAGCUGUUGAGUGGGAGGUUUCUGUUCUAUAGAAUGAAAAAUGUCCUAACAGAUAGAGGUAUAAAAAUGUGCAAUGAGCUACAAUAGAAAGCUAAUGAAUUUCCUUUCAAUAAAGGUGACUUCAAGUAGAGCCUGAGUCACCUCUUCAAUGUAGGUUAUAGAAGAUGUUGUUAACUAGAGAUGGGUUAAGACUAGUGUCUGAGGUCCCUUCUAGCCAUCAAAAAUUCUGGGUUUGCCAGCAGUAGCGUGGCCCUGGACAAGUCAUUUCCCACCACUUGAUCUCAGCUUCUUUUUGUAUAAAAUGGGUGGUUACAAUUAUCCUUAUAAUGAAGAAAUGCUUUAUAAAGUAUAAAUCCUUGUAGGAAAGUGAGCAAGGGUAUAUCCUCUUAGAGCUGUCUUCCACCCUCUCUUAGCCUCCUGUUUUAAGAUCCCACCCUCCACUGCUCAAAAUGAUCUUCUCUGCUGCUGAAAGAGACCAUCUGCUUUGUCUCUGCAUUCAUUGAGAGUCAGAAUCAUGACAGGUCUGUUGUAUAUUGGAUAUUUUAACCCAAUAAUAAUAAUGACUAUAAAUGUAAAGGACCAAAGAACAAAGGUUGGGAGUGUGAAGAUCUAAAAGAGAACAUAGAAUGUUGGGGUAGGAGAGGAUUAUAAACAGAACAUAAAAUUCUGGGAUGAGAGGGACCUUUUAAUACAAAUUUGCAAAAACAUAAAAUGUCAGAACUAGGAGGGACAUUUGAAUAAAAAAUCCUGGACUGUAAAAAACUCAGGGCUUGGAGGAAUCUUAAAGUAAAGAACAUAAGAAGCCUUAAAUGGGAGGGAUAUUAGAAAAAUGAACAUAGAGAGUCUAUGGAGGAAAGGACCUCAGAGCAAUGAAAAUAGAAUGCCAAAGCUAAUAAGGAACUUAAACCAAUGAAAAUACAAUAUCUGAGAUAAGAGGAGCCUAAAAAGAAGAGAAAAUGUCAGAGCCAGAAAAACUCUUAGAACAUAGAACUUGGAAUACAAGAACUGGACAGGGCAUUAGAACAAACAGAAUAUCAGAGGUGGGAAAGACCUUAGAACACAGCAUACACAAUGGUAGCCUGAAGAAACCAGAGAACACAGAAUACUAAAACUUGAAGGGACUUUAGAUCAAAGAACAGAGAGACUCAGAGAAAGGACCUUAGAACAUUUAAUUUCAGGAAAGAAGUAAACCAAAGAGAUGACUUAAUUCAAACAUCAUUUUUAUUAAAAGGCAACAGAAGCUUAUAUUUGUUUUUAUAGUGAUGUUCUAAUACAUACACAGAUCAUGUUGAGAAAAAAAAGGUUAUCUCACUGGAAGAAUGGAUUAGGAUCUUUGAACCUAUGUUUUCAGUAUUACCCAGGUGCCCCAUCUGGCUGGUAAUAACAUCAGUCACUGGCAUAAACCAUAAAGAGGGGAGCAUAGAAGAAAAUAUAUUAAGGGGCUCCUAUGAUAAAUGAAAGUCAGGUGGUACUGUGGAUAGAGUGCCAGCCCUGGAAUCAGGAAGAUUCAUCUUCCUGAGUUCAAAUCUAGCUUUGGAUACAUACCAUCGAUCUGCCCCUGGGCAAGACACUUAACCCUGUUUGCCUCAGUUUGCUCAAUUAUAAAAUGAGCUGGAGAAGGAAAUGGCAAACCAAAGCAAAUGGCAUAAUCCAGAAUCUCUGCCAAGAAAAAUCCAAAUGAGACUGUGAAGAGUUAAACACAACUCAAGAACAACAACGUGCCAAACACUGUGAUAACCACAUUUCUAAUAUUAUCUCAUUUUAUCUUCACAACAAACCUGGGAGGUAGGCACUGUUGUUAUCACCAUUUUACAACUGAGGAAACUGAGGCUGGAAAGGUUAAGUGGCUUGUCCAAGGACACAUAUCUACUAAGUGUCUGAGGCCAUAUUCAAACUCAGGUCUUCCUUAUUCCAGGCCCAAAGCCCCAUUCAAUGUACUACUUGGCUGCCUGAAGCAUUCAUCCUAUGCAUUCAAACCUAUCCAAUGACAGAAAACUUCCAUUGUGAAUCCAUGUUCCUUCCCUCAGGCCUAGGACCAGCAGAGACAUGUUCCAAGGAAAUCACACCAGGGUCUCUGAAUUCCUCCUUCUGGGACUUUCUGAACAACUUGAGCAUCAGCAGCUUCUCUUUGUACUGGUGUACUUGGUGACAAUGGUUGGGAAUCUGCUCAUCAUCCUAGUCAUCAGUCUAGACUCUUACCUUCACACCCCCAUGUAUGUUUUCCUGGCCAACUUGUCCUUGGCUGAUAUUUCCUCCAUCUCUACCUUGGUACCCAAGAUGCUGGUGAACAUCCAGACCAAGAGCCAAUCUAUCUCCUUUGGAGAGUGUGUCACACAGAUGUAUUUUUCCAUUGUGUUUGUCGUCAUCGAUAACUUCCUCUUGGGGGUGAUGGUCUAUGACCGGUUUGUGGCUAUCUGUUACCCUUUGAACUAUAUCACAGUCAUGAGACCCAGACUCUGUACUCUGCUGAUGGCCACCUCCUGGCUUUUCAGCAACCUCGUUGCCCUCACUCAUACUCUUCUGCUGGUCCAGUUGACUUUCUAUGAUGCCAACACCAUCCCUCACUUCUUCUGUGACCUGGCCCCUCUUCUCCACCUUUCCUGCUCAGGUACUGUGCUCAAUCAGUUGGUGAUGUUCAUCCUAGGCUCAUCUGUUAUUGCGGUUCCUUUUGGGCUUAUUCUGUUUUCCUAUAUCUGCAUUGUCUCCACUGUCCUCAAAAUCUCAUCAGCUGAAGGAAAAUGGAAGACCUUCUCUACUUGUGGCUCCCACCUUUUAGUGGUAACACUUUUCUAUGGGACAAUCGUUGGAGUUUAUUUCCUGCCUUCCUCUGCCCAAUCAGUCAACAAUGAGAAGAUAGGGGCUGUGCUCUUCAUUGUGGUGACCCCCAUGGUAAAUCCCUUUAUUUAUAGUUUAAGGAAUAAAGACAUAAAAGGAGCCUUAAAGAAAAUCGUCAACAAGAAAAUGUCCUUUCUGUGAGGUCACUGGGAACUCCAUUGACCCCCCCCCCCCACACUACCCUGGUCAAUGACUCUGUCUAAGCCAUUAGGGGUACAUGGGGUCCACUGGUUACCUGGCUUAAAACUCCUCGACUUUCCCUUCUACCAUUCUAUACCUGAGAGGUUUUUUUAAUUGUGUGACUUUGUGUACACAUCCCUUACUUCUCCCCAUUCUCUUCCCUACUCAAAGGUUCUUAGUAGUGAAAAGAUGCCCAGAUAACAAAUACAGCAAACUUUUAUAAAGCACUUACUGUGUGUAGACUGUAUAGUGAAACAAGUGGUAGACUUGGAUUCAGAAGAGUAAGCUCUGGGUUCAAAUCUUUUGUUUGGAACUUACUAACUAGGCAACUUUAGGCAAGUCACUCCUCAGCUUCUUCAUGGCUAAAAUUGUCAUCAUUUACCCAAAGUACUUAUCUCACAGGGUUGUCAAGGAAAUCAAAUAACAUCAUAUAUUUAAAGAGCUUUGUAUGCUAUAAAUUCUAUAUCAAUGUCAGUAAUUACAAUAUAAUUUUUGGAAAGCCAUGGUCUGUGAGCUCAAUGAACUCCUAGAUGAGGGUGGGUGAGUGAAAGGAAUAAUUAUAAUAAUAGCCUCAGAGCAGAAGGGCAUUCAGGAGGAGCUACAAGAGGUGGCAUGUGAGAUCCACUGGAAAUCUUAGAGGAUCCCAGAGUCAAGAAUUAGAAGGGACUUCAGCAAUUGUUUCCUGGCUUUGGUCAUUUACCGCUUCAUCAAAUUGAAGACAGUGCCCUCUCCCAGGAGUACUUGCAUCUGGAGAUUCAUUUCUGAUUAUUGAAAGAAGGACUUCAUCUCAUCUUGAGGAAACUUCAGGCAUCUGUCAAUAGGUGGCCAUGGCUGGGAGGUCAUAGAGUCAAAUAAACUACAACAUAUCAUUAAUUGAAGAUUAAAAGGGAGUUUCUUUUCCUUUCAUUGUUCAGUGGGGGAGCAUUGGGAAGGAGAGAUAAUAAAACCUUGCAAAAGUAAAGAAAACUUUAAAAGUAACUACUUCAAAGGGAAUGAAGAAACUACUAUGACAUGUUCAGAUGUCUUUAAAAUGUUGAUAGGAAAUGGAGAGGAGAAAUUCAUGAAGAAGAGAUUAGGCAGUAGUUAGAAGUAACUUAGCUAAUUAAAGUGUCAUCUUUAGCAUCCUACACAAAACAAUUUGUCCACAGAUUGCUUCAAUAAAGAAAAUUAAUUACAUCAGAAAAGUGACAUUGAAGGAGAAGAAUACAUCAAGAAUCUCCACAGUGGGCCAAGCAGGAAUCUUUCUAUCAAAUAGCAAAGGAAAAUAUGAGCAAUUUAUGGAGGAAACUGAGAUUCAGACAAUAGUGUCAUUUCUUUUAGGUUGUUUAGCUAAUUGCAGGCACCACAUUCUCUCUUCUAUAUCCAGGAUCACAUUUGAAACUCACAAAAAACAGAAGUCAUUCAAAGUAGAUGGGGAAAAGAUUGAUGUCCCUUUGUUACAGAUCAGUAAACUGAGGCUUUGAAAAGUUAAAUGAUUUGACAUUCAGUUGAUUCAGUACUAGAAGCCAAGUCCUUUGACUUCCAUGUCCAAGUUGUUUUCUACAUACCUCACUAACAAUAAUUUAAAGUGAAAAUAGAAAGGGCAAAGAUGGUUUCUCUGGGCAAUCAGGUUGGCUCCCUAUGAUCAGAAGAAAGUUUAGUGGCUCAUGUUCAUGUGCUGGUUCCAGGAGAGUGUUGAAGAGCUUCUAACAUAGCAUAGCAGCUCUUAGUUCCAAGUCUGCACAAAACCCUUAUCUGAUCAUCAUCUUUUGCCACCAAUAGCUGAAUUAAAACCUCUUAGAACUCAUUGACUUAAGACACACCUGGAGUUUAGAUCCCACUUUGUUGCUUACUCCUUGAUCAAGUUUCUAUUAUUUAUCCUGAAGCUGAGUAGGAAGGAAGGUCACUCACUCUAUUGUCAUCCCUACACCAGUAGGAGUAAGGGAUGAUCUGUCUGGAUUUGAUAAUCUUUGUCCACUUGGUCUCAGGGACUACAAAAAAGUCUCUCUGAUGGGAAGAUUUGCUUCAAUCCCAACACCCACCUGUCAAGGUGCUUGAACAGCUUUCUCUUUUGGAGCCCCAUUCAUCUUUUUCUAUAGGUCAGGGCCAUUCUGAGAUAUCAGAUCCCAGAUUCCAGGAUGUGGGGAGUAGAAGGGAUGGGAAGGAUUAUGAUGUAGUGGAAUGAGAGAUGGAUUCAUACAAGAAGACUUGGGAUCAAAUUCUGAUUCUGACGCUGCUCUCUGAUAGCUGUGUUGCCAUGGGAAAAAUCUCCAAUAUUGCCUGAGCCUCAGCUUCCCCAUUAGUAUAACAAGACUAAUAACAUCUCUUCAAAGUGC